UCACAAAGGUACGGCUUAAAUAGUACCCCAUAAGACUUGGCCUUCUAUAAACGUUCAAUAUUCGUUGGUUAUACUAUAAUAAUUGGUUUUUUUACUUUUGUUUAAUAAACAAAGAGUCUUACAUCUUAAUUGAAAAUUUCAAAUUUUUAUAAUAUGCCAACUCGGGCCGAUGAUAUUUUCAAAGGUUUUCAAAUUAAUUGGAUAAAUUUGCGUGAUGCAGAUAAUGGAAAAAUAAUAUGGCAAGGUAAUGAAGAUUUAUCAGUUCCUAAUAUAGAACAUGAAGCUCAUGUUCCAAAAAAAAUACUGCGUUGUAGAGCUGUUUCAAGAGAAAUAAAUUUUAGUACAGCAGAACCUAUGGAAAGAUUUAGAUUAGAACAAAAAGUACUUUUUAAAGGUCGUUGUUUAGAAGAAUGGUUUUUUGAACUUGGUUUUGUAAUUCCAAAUAGUACAAAUACAUGGCAAAGUUUAUUUCAAGCUGCUCCUGAAAGUCAAAUGAUGCCUGCUAAUGUGUUAAAUGGCAAUAUGGUUAUAGAAACUAAAUUUUUUGAUGAUGAUGUUCUUAUAACUACUAGCCAAGUACGUUUAUUUUAUAUUUAAAUGAAACUCGAUCAUCGCUUGAAAUGUAAAUCAAAAAGUGUAUGAAAUAAAAUUUAAUAACAAUUAGAAUAUAAAAAAUAUUUUAGAUUAU